AUGUCAGGAGGUGGCUGGACCCUCGCUGCUCGGUUUUCUAACGCUGAUUCUAAAAACUGGAUGCGAGAUGAUGCUUACUGGUGGUAUGACAUCCAGUCGUCACAGGGCUCGCCUACCAGCACUGCAAGUAACUACGAUAUGAUAUCGGAAGCGUUUUGGAAAGUCAAAGGAGAUAACAUUAAGAUCACUAGAAGCGACGAUAGCUCACACUCCGCCCUUCUACGUACUUACUCCAAUUGCUUAAGUGACAGAACCCUUAGAGGGUUUUUGUCCAGUUAUGGAAGGUUUACCCAUCGUAGCAUCUGGUCUAAUGACAAAUGUCUUGCAAGCUGUUCAGUGUAUUUUGGUGGUUGGUAUAGUUCCACGACAGGGUUUAGCCAAGCGCACUGUAGUAGCAACAUCCAGGGAAGCAACCGUAUUGGGUUCUGGUGUCAGUGGAGUACUGGCGAUGGUUCCGUGAUGAUGUUCGGGGGAGGAGGAAGUGGCUGUAACAGAGCAGAUCAUGGUAUUGGUAUCACUGAGAAUAACUUUGGAGCAUUUGAAGAAUGGUCAGAUUCAGGAGAGAACGAUUUUGGAGACGGUGCGAAUUCUUCCCCGACUACUUCUUACUCGUUAAAUUUGUGGAUACGCUGAUCGAAACGAGAAAAACCUCAUCGUUUCUUAUUGUCGUAAACCGAAUUGUAUUCAUCAUACAAAGAACUAAUUUUGCGCAUGGAAAUUGUUGUCAGUUUUAGUUACUUGUCUGAACAAACGAUAUGCUGAUGAGAUAUACAGUCGUAGGUUGUUAGUUUAGACUUGCUUCACUAUACGAGUUACCCGCGUCGAUCAACUUUCCGCAAAAGUUAAGCAUUUUUUAUAGACUGAUUUUACUCAAGAGAGGAUAAAGCUCUUCUUUUUGCUUUUUUACAUUAAUUCGUGAAACAGUAUCUAUCAAACAGUGCAAAAUAGUUUCAAGUAAAAAGAGAAAAAAAUGGAGGAAUUUAAUUCGUGUUAUACUGACCGCUGUACGCACUGAUUUUUAUUUUCCCCUAGUCAACAAAGACGAAACCGGUGAUAUGAAAAAUAUUGAAUUCAACAAUUUACUUUUACAAUCAUCAAACGACAUUUAUGCCAAAUAUGAUUCGUAACGGCUUGCAUCUGCUUUCGCGUGUUGUCUACCUCGGCUGCAGGAUUAGCUCAGUCAAUAGAGCGCUUGACUGCAGAGCGGGAAGUCGCGGGCUCUAAUUGUGGGGCCGGACCAAUACUUAGGGUGUAAAAAUAUCUGAGAAAUAAAGGUACUUCCUUUUCGCAGUGUCCUCAAUUAGUACGUUAAGAACUAAAUACAUUGAAACUGAAAUGAAGUGCAUUCUUUUAUCUUUCAGAGUGAAAGUUUCCUUUCUUUUUUCCCGUCUCACACCUCGUCUUGUUUUUAUUUCAUCAUUUACCUAUUUCUUUCGUUCUACUUUCCCUCUCGAUACCUUUCGUAACUUACCCAAGGAUUAUUAGGAAAAUCUUUGCAAUGUAUUUUGUAGCCAAUCAUGCUUUUGGUGAGACACGGAUUUUUUUUACCCUACUGCGAUUCGGGGAGUCGCGAAAAGUUACGCCAGAGCAGCAUGCGCAAGGAGACGCAAAUGUCAGUUAAACAGAAUAUGAAUCAGUUACAGCCAAACUCCGUUAAUACGGCCACUGAGGGGGCCGUAGCAAGUGUCCGUAUUAACGGGGUGUCUGUAUUAAAAGGGCUAUGUUAGCUGGAGAGCAUGCGCGUUUCAAGGGACAGGAUGGAAACGGACAGCAACUUGAAAAAAUUUGGGCCGAGUUUUUCAAGUUAAACUCCUGUGUUGUCAAAAAUAAAUGAUCAUGCUUUGUUUCCUCUUGUUAGAAUCAUUCGAUAUCUUUUCUUUAGUUUUGGAAAUAUAGGAGCGAAGACGACUGGGAAUAGUUAUUGAUAAUUUUAGCUCAGCUUUAACUAAAAAAAAAAAAAAGAAGAAGUUGAAUUCACCAUGACAUAACCCUCUUUACUGAGACUCAGUUUUUUGUUCAAAUUACGACUCACCGACACCGUAUUUUCCCCUACUGUUCAGAGUUCGAUGAUUAAUUGUUACAGCAGUCCCUGUUUGAGUGGAGGAACUUGUACUGAUGACAUUAAUAUUCAUGCACAUGUUCUUCACCAUUCUAUGGGAACCAGUGUCAAGUUACGAAAACAUAUUUUUAACUCAUUGUUGAAACCUAUAUGGUUAUUUCUCGUUUUGUUUUUUCGAUUUUGUUUACUUUUUGGUGACAAAGGUGACUCCGCGACAAUUCAAACUUUUAGCAGCUGCAAACAGUAGUAUAGACUGAAAUAGCCGACCAAAUGCAAAUAAUGUGAGUCCCCAAAUACCUAAUAUCCUUAUCGCAUCAAUGCUUGUUAAAUCGUCAUGGUCACAAUCUGUGGAUCUUCUAAUAAGGGAAGGACCAUUGGAAAUAACCGGAAGUGGCGUGACAAUUCCCAAAAAAAAAAAAUUCGUGCAAGGGAAACUUGUCUAAAAAAAUCAUGCAAGCGGUGAUACCUAAAAACAAUAAGUCAUAUGCCCUAGAAAAAAAUUCUUGCAGACAAGCAGGCUCUUUUAAAAAAUUCAUGCACCAAACAUUUUUCACCCUCCCUCCGGUUAUUUCUAAUGGUCCGUCCCUAAACAGAAACAGAUAAAUGUCAGUCCAACCCUUGUCAGAACGAUGAGACAUGCGUGGGUGGGGUUUUACUGUUUCUCGUGCUUAUGUACAAGUACUUAGACCGGUUCACUUUGCCAAGGUAAGAAAGGCUGCUCGUCCUGCCUUAUGUAUAUUUAUUUUCGCGUAGAAGUCUUCAGUAUUGUGAUCAAGUUUUGAUGGUUUUAGUAUUUUUUGGGGGGUGUUUUUAAAUACUUAAAUAGAUGAAAUGCGAGGUAAGUUGCUAAAUAAACCGUGUGUAUUACAGUUGCUAUUCAUUGUUUGUAGAUCCAACAGCGACGUCUUGUGUAAAUCACUAUUCAGCUGGACGAACUAGUAACGGAGAAUAUUACAUCAAAGUCUGGGGGGUAACUUUCAAAGUCGUAUUUUCUCUCCUGCUCUUAAUUCUCUUACACAUGUCAUGUUGUAUUACACCCUUAUUUUUUUCGGAUAAUGCCGCUUGCAUGGUUCGUACAGGUCAUGGAAUUUAAGUGUCAGUCCUUGAAAGUUAUGGAAAAUUAGUUAAAGUUUUGUUUGGUAGAUUAGUUACUGCAGAUAAUAAAGCAAGGAUAACAUAAGAUAAAGAGGAAUAAUUAAACAGCUCGAAAGGCACGCAUUUUGGUGGAUACCAGAGUAUGUUUCUGUUGAACUGUUUAAGGUGAAAAAAAAAUAGCUAAAACAAGAAAAGUUUUGAAAAGUUGCGAAAAUGACAGCUACAUGUAAACUUAAGGUCAUGGUAAACUAGAAAUGGUCAUGGAAAAAGUCAUGGACUGUAAUGGAAUUUUAAGGACUCAAAAGAGUACAAAUGCUGCGCUUGGGUUUUUUUAGUUGAAACCAGGUCUGUCCGUGUUCUGAUUGGCUGGCAAAUCAUUUUCCUCAGUCCGAUUCGCUACCUUACUUGCUUCGAUAUUUUUGUUCCUCUUGGAUGUAGUGAGUUAGGUACAUUUAGUUUGACUGUCGGACCUACCUCAAAAUUAAGCUCUGGAACAUGCAGUGGGUCUGUCAGGUAAGUCUGCCUUUUUCACUUAGUAACCUCAUGUAGCGUAAAAGGUACUAUUUGUGUCGGGGGUUGUCAACCGGUGGUGAGAUUGCUUUGUUUGUUUUCCUAUUUAAUUUGACUAUGCUUACUUUGCUGCUUUGCCUAUGUUCCUCAUGAUCAUUGCCGGCAACUCCCCCUUUUGCUUAGUGCCGCCAAUUUAAUCAAUGGCUGGGAGCAAAAUAUCGGUUUUCCACUCUUAAACUGUCGAGGAAGUUCAAAAAGAAAUUGCUGAUUCCGAUCAUAGCAAAAGUGUAAGGCACCAUGGUAAUCCAUACGUUUAACUAUCAGUCGGCCCUCUCUUCGGAUUCCCAAUAGCGAUACAGGUGAUGAGAAAAUUUAUUUUCACGUGUGAAGAUAACAUAUUUUCGCGCGAAAGCUUACCUGAUGUUUCAUUGGUAUUUAUAUAAUGAUGUAGUUUCUGACAUUACUCCGUUUAACAUUUAAAGGUGUACUGUGACAUGUCUAAGGGUGGCUGGACACUCAUCGCCCGCUUCUCAAAUGCUGACAGUGCAAAUUGGAGGACAGUGGUAACCGGUGGUAUGACCGAACAACACUUUGUGGCAGUGCUACCAAUACAUCUAACAAUUAUAGCCUGCGUUUUGGCUCUUUCAAGUUACUAUAUCAAAGUCUCUCGAAGUGAUGACAGUUUUAACACAUGACUACUCGAAACUAGUAGCUGUACCAGUGGGAGAACUUUUAGAAGCUUUAUUACCAGCUUCGGUACUAGUUCAGAUACAGCAUCACCUGGAACAGUAACGCGUGUCGUCGAAGUUGUUCUGUAAAUUGCGAUGAUAGUGGCUCCUUCAGAUCCACUAAAGGAUUCAGGCUGGGAUUACCUGUCCUUCUGGUGUGACUGGAAUGAUGCAGAUUGGAGCCGUGAUGAUGACUGGUGGAGGAAGUAGUGCAUGCAGCAUUGCAGACCAUAGUAUUGGUAUCACAGAGGCUACUGAAGCGAUCUUCGACACAUCGUAUUCUCAGAGCGACUUUGGUGAGAACAGCGGCUCUGGAACCUCAAGUUAUUCACUUAAUCUUUGGUAUGAAUUAGUGUAA